UUAAACGUGCAAGAAAAUAUACUUUCCACGUUCUGUUUUAGCUUGCAAUUUCUGUACCGAGAUAAAACUCUUCGUGGUUCUAAAACAAUUUAUUGAUGAUAACUGACGGUGUGGUCCCCGGCGAGGCUCAGUUUGAAAAGGAGGUAGGGUUUCAACGGUCGUGUGUCAAGGUUGAUGUGGUCGCGGGCUGUUAGAAACCUCUAAACUAGAAAUUUUUGAAGCAAACUGCGGCUUAGCGUCGGUUGCACGGGGAAGAUUGAGUUUGUAGUGAAUUGAAAUGAAACUACAGUAUGUGUGCUUGGAUUCUGUGUUAGAUUUGUGGCCGCCCGGUCAUUUUGAGCUUGGAUUUUUCGCUUCUCGGAUCAGGCGUUCGGAAAUGAAGUGUUCAGCCUUGGGCUUUUCUUAUGUACGUUGAAAACCUCGAAAUGAACAACUCGCUCAAAUGGGCUCUUUUCAUCAAAGUAAGCGGUCAGAUAACAAGCAAUACGCUGUGGAAGCGAGGGGUAAUUAAGGAGGAGAAUAUCUCUCAUUUAUAAUCAGUCUUGACAAGUCAGUCUCGUAAGGUCUUAAAACACUCUUGGUAACUUUCCGGUACUUAGAAAAAAGGCACCUUGUUUUUGAAAUCAAGUGACUCACAACAAGACACUUAAUGGACUAAGGAUAACAAAGACUGUUCAUUUUGGCUGAGGAAACACCGAGAUAAGGACGGUCACCCCGUAGAGCUGAACGGACGAAGCCGGGAAAUUCAAUUGAACCCUUCUCUAAUUUUUUUAGCAAGUAACGCAAUGAACAACUCGCUCGCACAGCACAAACUCAACUCAAGCGACGAGGAAAUUCAAACUUUUGAUUUCAUGCCAGGAUUCGUGUAUCCAGUCGCGACGUGUCAUAUAAUUAUAUUAACAGUAGCUGCAGUGGGAAAUCUUCUAGUUUGUUACGCUAUACUCGCCAACAGAAACUUGCGCACCAAUCCAACGAACCUCUUUAUUUUCUCCCUGGCGUUGUCGGAUCUCCUGACAGUCACACUGGUUUUGCCAUUUGAUAUAGAAGGGAUCUGUCUUCAGUGGGUUUGGAAUCAUGGAGAAAUUAUGUGCAGAGCAUGGAUAACGAUGUACCUAAUAACCGUACCAACCUCGAUUUUGACCCUGUUGGCCGUCAGCGUGGAUCGAUACAAAAGCCUCAGUGAUCCUCUAAAUCGUUUUAGACGUUGCAGAUUCAUGACUCGGAAAAGAGCUUUCUUUAUCUGCUUUAUAAUCUGGCUGUACAGUUUUUUGUGCGCUUUGCUUCCUGUCAUGGGUUGGCGGACAGCUGACUAUUUUGUCCACGACAAAGUUUGUUAUUUCCCUUUCACCCGGGUUUAUUUCAUUCUGACUUCUGUUCUGAAUUUCAUUUUGCCACUAUUGGUAACAUGUGGAAUCUAUAUUAAGAUUUAUAUGAUCGCUUCCACUCAUCACAAGAACGUUGAAGGAGAUGACAGCCGAAAAUUUCGUUCCACCGAAGAGAAAAAGGUGUAUUCUAGAAAUGUAAGAGCAGCUAAGACAAUAUCUAUUUUUGUGGGGGCUUUUUUCUGUUGCUGGGUGCCAUUUUCCUCGGUCAGUAUUAUCGCGUUCAUUUGCGGCGAGUCAUGUACGGGCAGUAUCCCCUAUGAAGCUCGCAUCGUUUUGUUAAUGUUUGGGUACCUAAACUCGGCGCUCAAUCCGUUUCUUUUUGCAUUCCGUAACCGCAGAUUUAAGGCCACCUACUCGCUGAUGGUGAGAUCACUAAAAGCUCGUUCUAAGCCCGAAAGAAAAAUUAGCCGCUCGACACUGACGCAAAGCACGAUCGGCUCCGAAGUUCUAGAUUCGCAAGAUAUGAAUGUUCGUCUCCAAUCGGUGAGGCCGAAGCGGGAGUAUUGAAGAAUUGUAUGCUGCUUCGAAAUUGUUUAGUGUCAUUCGGAGUAUUUUGGUUCAGUGUCAAGAUAAAAUGUAUUUAUUUUAUCUUCCCCCCCCCCCCCCCCCACAUAGCCUCUGUAAUAUUCUGAAACCCCCUUCCCUUAUAUGCAAUUUUCUAAAGUCCCCACUCCCUUAUACCCUGUUAGUGACAACUAAUCUCCCUUCCAUUCCCCCCUGAAAACCAUGCAAUACCCCCCAAAUCCCCCCCUCCAGCGAUAUAAAAAUGACUGUUCCCUUAUAUACAAACAAGGAUUUUUACAGAAAUUGACAAAAGAUUGGCUGAAGCGCACUUCAUUAAUUUGCAGUUGUCAAUUCUAGCUGCCCGUUAUGCCUAUCUUGCCAAUCUAAAAGAAGAAGGUUAAACCAUUUAUUUACUUUCAUGACCCGGCAUAUAUAUCUGUCAAAGUUAAAGUGGAGAGUUGCCACAUUAUUAUUAAGUACUGAAACUGGAAUUGCAUGGGGUAUAUUAAUUUCCUAGAUUUUCUGGUUACUUAGAUUAGUUAUAUAGGUAUGUUGUUACAUUCGUAUUUUUAAAAAGUUAGUCUUAGAAACGAUCAUGAUCACUACGGCUUGUCAACAAACGAGGUUUUAUUCAAACUGAAUUCGAAGUUUGAGAUGGAGUAAAUUGAUCUAACGGAUACGGCUUAGCUGUGACUGCUUCUCGCGAUUGAAAAAAUUUGAGAUUCCCCGCAUUUAAGAUUGGAUUUCGCUCACAAUGCUGAUUUUUUGCGCUAUUGAGGCGGUUAUAACGUAUUUAAGAAGAAACCGCGCGGGAUUUCACGAUUUCGCGACUUAAAAUUUCAUUUUCAUAAAGGCUUAAGUUUGUAGUUUGUUAUCGCGUUAUAGGAAAUUAAAAAAGCCAUAUACAGAGUGAUGAACGCUAAAUAUACUGUGAAAUAACAGAAAUUAAAGUUAGCAUUGUUUGCCGCAGAGCGAUCGGUUAAUCAUGAGAAACAGCUCAAUUCAUGAAGUUAGUAAGUUCCAAAAGAAACUGUGGUGCUACAUCGAUGGGGUUUAUCACAAGAUACGUAGUUUGAUUUUACCAACUGAGAUAGUAAUGUGAAUUGGAGAGUGAAAAGUUGCUAAAGCUGACGUUAUGAGCGUUAGCCCUUCGUCUGAGCCUUAGAAACUCUCUACAGGCGCCGAUUUACAUUACUGAUCAACUCAGUUGACAAAACCAACAAUCUCAUUGUUCAGUUCAUGUCAAUUUUUUGUGAUUAGCAAGUAAUGAAAGUUGGAGCGGGUAUGUGAAGAAAAAGAAAUUGGAUUUCGUGCGCAAUAAUUAGCUCAAAGCGCAAAAAGAAUCAGAACGAAAACGAUGCAACUGUAUUUUUAGCUCGACUAUAAUAGUUAACACCAUUAAGGUAAAGAGAUGCUUAAAUCGAAAUCACGCUCCAUAUGCAGCGAGAAAAAACAUUUAGAGCCGUGUUAAAUAGCUACUAUUGUAACUCAAAUGCAUAUAUAGUGUAUACAUCAAUUUAUAUAUAGUUUAUGGUGAAACUUAGCUUUAAUUGCUUGGAAUCGAUAGCAUUAUUGGGUUAAGCUGAUCAAUUUAAAUAGGCAGCUUUUUAACCUGAACUGAAGACAAACAACCAGUGGAUUUUCUUCGACAAACUGCAAUCUUUUUAAGGUCUAUGGACAAAGACCUCCUGUGUGCUAGGCCCCUUUCAAGUUAACAAACUUAGAGUAUCACCUACAGGGAUGUGGUUGUAGUCGUUGUACAUACAGUUUUCUUGACUCAGGACUAGUUUCAAUGCUGAAAAAACUGAAUCAUUGAACGAGUUUGGAUAUGUACUUAACCGUAAAAGUAUAUUGUUCUACUAUCACAGCCAUAUACAUGUAUUGUAUUAUGUAUCAUAACUGUUUAUAUCAGGCUACGCGUCUUGGGAAUAAAAACAGAGAUGAAGAAAGAUGGGGAAAAGCUUAAAGAAAGCUGUCAUUUCGUUAUAUUACA